AGCCUAUCCUCUCUAAACAGAGAAGGCAAUGGUCCUGGUGGAGAGUCCUGCUUUGAGAGGGAGACUUUUACCCUGCACUAGAGCCAGAGACACACUCCUAGCUGAAAUGAAACAGAGACCUCAGGCGCUCGCUGUGGAUUAAAACAGAAACUUUCAACGAUGGCUCUGAAGGUGAUAAAGUAGCAGGAGAAGCAGCCACGCUCGCCGCCGCCGCCGCCGCUGCCAACGGACCUUCUACUGCAAAGCAACUCCUGCUAGAUGCACGGACACUGCUGAGGAAAAAAUAUGCUCCAGCCGAGCCGCCUCAACCCCGGCUACAGUGGCACGUUCACCGCGUUGUAACCAGUUUCGUGAGACACUCGCCGGCUUGUGUUUGACCUGUUUGUGUUUGUCACUGCCUCUUACCUGUGAAGUCCGCCGUUCAAGUCCCAGACCUACCUGCGAGGAGACAAGAGACAGUAUGGCAGGGAAGCUGACAGCAGCGCAGGGAACAGGAAUACUGCUGGUGACAGCCAACGUUGGAUCUCUGUUCGAGGAUCCUGAAAACCUACAGAAAGCAUGGCUGAGGGAGUUUUACCAGACAGUACAGUCACAUAAGCCUCACUUCUUGGCAGUGCACUGUCAGGAGGUGGGCGGGAAGAACUACGAGGAGUCCAUGUCACACGUGGAUAGUUUUGUCAAGGAGCUUUUGUCCAGCGAUGCAAUGAAGGAGUACAGCAGAGCUCGUAUCUACCUCGAUGAGAACUACAAAUCCCAGGAGCAUUUCACAGCUCUCGGAAGUUUCUACUUUAUCCACGAGUCUUUGAAAAACAUCCACCAGUUUGAUUUCAAAGCCAAGAAAUUCAAGAAAGUGGUGGGGAAGGAAACCUGUUCAGAGACACUAGAGAGCACACCGACGCUGGAGAAGGAGAAGUUUCCACAGGAUUACUUUCCUGAGUGUAAGUGGUCCAGAAAGGGAUUCAUCAGAACUCGAUGGGCCCUGGCUGACUGUGCCUUUGAUCUGGUCAACAUUCACCUGUUCCAUGAUGCGUCCAACCUGGUGGCCUGGGAGAAAAGUCCCUCAGUCUACUCUGGGACCAGGCAGAAGGCGCUGGGCUAUGUUUUAGAAAGGAUCACAGACCAGCGGUAUGAGAGGUUGCCAUAUUUUGUCUUUGGGGACUUUAACUUCAGGUUGGACUCCAAGCAGGUUAUUGAGAGUCUGUGCUCCACUGCCACCAUGCAGACGGUCCGAGCCGCUGACACCAACGAAGUCGACAAGCUAAUAUUCCGAGAAAGUGAUAACGACCGGAAGGUUGUUCUGCAGCUUGAAAAGAAGCUUUUUAAUUAUGUCAACCAGGACGUUUUCCGGGAAAACAAUGGGACCUCACUUUUAGAGUUUGACAAAGAGCUGUCGGUGUUCAAGGAUCGGCUGCAUGAACUGGAGAUUUCAUUCCCGCCCAGUUAUCCAUACAGUGAAGACAGCAGUCAGGGGAAGCAGUACAUGAACACCAGAUGCCCUGCCUGGUGUGACCGAAUCCUAAUGUCUCCCUCUGCCAGAGACCUGGUCCUAAAGCCUGAAAACGAAGAGAAGUCUGUAGUCUACGAUAACAUUGGGCCCAAUGUCUGCAUGGGGGACCACAAGCCUGUCUUCCUGUCCUUCCGAAUAACAGCGGGGGCAGGUAAACCUAAUGCAAAUAAGCACAAGUGUUGUGUGGUGCAGUGAUAUCGUGGAAAGUGUUGCCAAAAGGGAGAGAACAUAUUUCGUGAAGCACCUCUGUGAGAACACCAGAGAAACAAAACAGGAUACACACACACUCGCAUAGAAACACACACACACGCACACACGCACACACACACACACACAGAGAAACACGCACACACACUUUGCACAAUCGUACACUGAAGAACGUAGACAAACUUUUUUCAGCAGUGCUGACCGGUUGCAGUUGUCCUGACACCUCAUUCAUACAAACACGGAAAGCGGAGCCUCUCUCCCUCCCUCUCUCUCUCUCUCUCUCUCUUGCUCUCUCUCUCUCUCUCUCUCUCCCUCCCUCUCUCUCUCUCUCUCUCUUGCUCUCUCUCUCUCUCUCUCUCUCUCUCUCUCUCUCCCUCUCCAUAAAACACUCGCUGAGAUGUGGACGAGCACCGAAGGCUCCGGGACUCCAGUCAAAGACACACACAUCGUUGACCUCACCGUUGCCAUGCAACCCCCAUUCCCUAGAGAAGAAAAAGCAGGACACACGGACGGACGGACGGACAGAUGACUCACUCUUUUCCACGCCACAGCCUCGUUGCCAAAACUCUAAUUCAAAUCAGUCCUACUACAUCCUUUUAGACACCAUAUACUACUUUUUUUUUUUAGGUAUGCCUCUAUGUAUAGAGGAUACUUUUCCAUACAGUAUGUAAGGUGUUUUAAAACAAAAAAAAAGACAUAUAUAUAUAUAUAUAUAUACAUAUAUAUAUAUGAAAAGUGCAAUGCAAAAAAAGUUGUAUAUCUAUAUUGUUAGGUUUAUUUGUAUAGUAUAUAACAUAGAGUUGUUGAUGGUUGUAGUGCCGUUCUCUUUUUCUGACCAAACUUUGUGGUCCCUUUGUUGGAAUAGACUUUCUUUUGUUUUGUUUCAUUUUAUUUCAACAAUUUAUAUACAUACAUAUAUAUUAUUAUUUUAUUUUAUGUUUUUUUGUUGUUGUGUGCACAACACACUGCCAUGCCUGACACAUCCGUUGAGUCUCAUUUUAUAUACUGUACUUUUUAAAAAGAGAUAAUUUAUGAUUCUUACCAAAAUGUUUUUGCGCGUGCACCGACCGACCGAGCGGCGACGACGCGGUGACUCUGCGACUCGUCAGUGCAAGAGGAGAGGAAACGUGGGGCGCGGGGUGGGAGGGGGACUCUUCAGUGACUUGUUGCCUAGCCAAGAAUGUUUUAAGCAGUGCCAUAGACCAUGCAAGUACAUAAGAUAAGAUUUCAUACAGCACUCUCACCUUAUUAUUCUUACUCUAACUUAUUUCUAUAAUAUUAUGAUUCUGAAUGUGAUAUUUAGAUAGGCUUGGGUAUCCUUAAAAAAAAAAUGUAAACUUUAUUUGUCUAUUUUUGUUACUGCAUUACAGUGCCAAGUAUUCUACACAGAGUUGACGUGUGUCAGAGUUAGAAAGUCCUUAAGUCAGACAGUAAAGGUGUUGAUUAUCAAAUGUAAGAAACAAAACAAAGCAGCAACAAAAAAAAACACACAAAAAAAGGCAGGGAAGCUCUAAAAUGUUGGGGGGCAGCAAGUUUUUAUUUGUUUUGUAUGUAGCCUUCACUGCAGAUAAUUGAUGCAUUACGUGGGGGGGGGCGG